AUGAAAUUCAAUCAACAGCAAAAAGAACUUCAGGAACACCAAAACCAACAAUUGUUACUGCAGCAAAAACAGAUUGCGGAAUUGUUGAGUAAAUUGGGCAAUAGGCCAAAUAUUGAAAGUGCUACAACGCUUCAACAAGAAGGAUCGGCACAAUACGGGCUUCCUGACUCUGCAAUUGAUUUAAAACAAAAUUGUAUUCGGCUGAUAGAAAAUAAAUCAAAGAAAAAAGAAGAUUGUAAUUUCAAGGAAUUAUUGGAAGAUUGUCGAGGAUUCUUGUCUACGAAAAAAGAAGUCAAAUUGUUGUCUGAACCUAAACAGGUCAGUAAAAUUGAAUUGGGUUCACCACCGGAAAUAAAUAUUAUUCAGGAACCCAAAUUGCAACAACAAAGUAUUGAAAAAUCGAAAAGUAUUGAAAACAAGAAUCGCUAUUAUCCACCAUUAAAAAGGCCAUAUUGUAAGCAUUGCAAAAAGAAGGACAUUGGAUUGAAAAUUGCUAUUUUGCUGGUAAGCGUAAAUUCUCACCUAGAGUGA